AUGCAGCUCUACAACAUAUCAAGAAAGUUUAUCUCCAAAUUCAAUGCUGGAUGGGAAACAUUUUGGACCCCAGUAACUGGGGCUGGGAAUUUGAUACUAGGAGGAGUUUCGAUGAUUCAUGAAGCUGCCCCAUCGUCUCUACUAGAGGUCACAUUUUUUUCAUACACAACCACAGGCUGUGCAACAGUGUGUGGGUGCAGGAAAGCGGGAUUGUAUUGCAUUGCAGCAAAGACAGCAUGUAUAAAAAAAAGCAGAGGAAGUAGAGGAAGCAGAGAAAGGAGAGAAAGCAGAGAAAGCAGAGAAAGCAAAGGAAGCGAAGGAAGCAAAGGAAGCAAAGGAAGCAAAGGAAGCAAAGGAAGCAAAGGAAGCAAAGGAAGCAAAGGAAGCAAAGGAAGCAAAGGAAGCAAAGGAAGCAAAGGAAGCAAAGGAAGCAAAGGAAGCAAAGGAAGCAAAGGAAGCAAAGGAAGCAAAGGAAGCAAAGGAAGCAAAGGAAGCAAAGGAAGCAAAGGAAGCAAAGGAAGCAAAGGAAGCAAAGGAAGCAAAGGAAGCAAAGGAAGCACAUGA